AAAAUAAAAAACAUAUACUGUUCGCUUUUUGUCGUGUCGCGAUUUUUUCACUCCGCGAAAAUUUCACAAUUUCCAUGAAAAAUCAACUCUUUCCCAAUUAAAAGUUUCUAAAAAUUCAUAGUUCUUAAGUCAACGAAUUGAAUUCCUAUAAAAUUAUCCCCUCAAUCAUUCGAUUUAUGUGAAAAUUAUUCAUUCAAAGAAAAGAAAAUCAAGUGAACUCUUCGUUCGAUUAAUUGUCAAAAGGCGUUGACACUUCUUCUUUUUUGUUUCUUUCCCUUGAAGCAAAAGUGAAGAAAAUUUGUGAAAAAUCAUAAAAUAAAAUAAAAAUCCAUAAAAAUAAAGAAGCAACAACAGAAUUAAUAAAAAAAAGUGUUAAAAUGGGAACAUUAGCUGAUUUCGGACAAAUUGCCAUGAAAUGGGAUCCAAAGAAUCUAGAAAUUCGUACAAUGUCGGUGGAGAAGACGCUCGAGCCGCUGGUGCUGCAGGUCACCACUUUGGUUAACACAAAGGGCCCCAGCAAAAAGAAAAAAGGUAAAUCCAAGCGUGCUAGCGCCUUGGUGGCAGCUGUUGAGAAGGCAACUGAAAACUUCAUCCAGAAAGGAGAACAAAUAGCCUAUGAAAAUCCCGACAUUACACAAGAAAUGUUGGCAGCUGUGGAUGAGGUUCGCAAGACUGGCGAUGCCAUGAGCAUUGCAGCACGAGAAUUCUCCGAAGAUCCGUGCAGUUCUUUAAAACGUGGCAAUAUGGUACGGGCAGCUCGUAAUUUACUGUCAGCUGUGACACGCCUUCUGAUCUUAGCCGAUAUGGUUGAUGUUCAUUUGUUGCUCAAAUCACUGCAUGUAGUCGAAGAUGACUUGAAUAAGCUUAAAAAUGCAUCUAGCCAAGAUGAACUGAUGAAUAAUAUGAGACAAUUUGGAAGAAAUGCUGGUGAAUUGAUUAAACAAGCUGCCAAGCGUCAACAAGAACUUAAAGAUCCCCAACUGCGUGAUGAUUUGGCAGCUGCUCGAGCAAUGCUCAAAAAACACUCGACAAUGCUUUUGACAGCAUCCAAAGUUUAUGUUCGUCAUCCUGAACUUGAUUUGGCCAAAGUCAAUAGGGAUUUCAUUUUGAAACAAGUUUGUGAUGCUGUUAACACAAUCAGUGAUGUUGCCCAGGGCAAAUCUUCUCAACCAACUGAUAUAUAUAGCGGAGCUGGAGAACUAGCAGCUGCAUUGGAUGAUUUCGAUGAAGGUAUCAUCAUGGAUCCAUUGACCUAUAGUGAAAAACGUUCACGGCAACUAUUGGAAGAACGAUUGGAGAGUAUUAUUAGUGCUGCGGCAUUGAUGGCCGAUGCUGAUUGCACACGCGAUGAACGUCGUGAGAGAAUUGUCGCCGAGUGUAAUGCUGUUCGUCAAGCUCUACAAGAUCUAUUAUCUGAAUAUAUGGCUAAUUUAAUUGCAGCAAAAACAAAAAAGUUGAUGGGUCAAAAGGACAAUAGCGCCGGCUUGGAUAGAGCUAUCGAUCAAAUGUGUCGCAAAACACGCGAUCUGCGUCGCCAACUGCGCAAAGCAGUUGUUGAUCAUGUUUCUGAUUCGUUCUUAGAAACUACUACCCCACUUAUUGAUUUAAUUGAAGCAGCCAAAACUGGCAACGAGAAAAAAGUUCGUGAAAAGGCUGACAUCUUCACUAAGCAUGCUGAGAAAUUGGUCGAAGUUGCUAAUCUUGUGUGCAGCAUGUCGAACAACGAAGAUGGUGUUAAAAUGGUACGUUUCGCUGCUGCACAAAUCGAGAGUCUAUGCCCUCAAGUCAUCAAUGCAGCUUCAAUUCUGACUGUGCGACCAAAUUCAAAGGUAGCACAAGAAAAUAUGGCAGCUUAUCGUCAGGCUUGGGAAGUUCAAGUGAGAAUUCUCACUGAGGCUGUCGAUGAUAUUACAACUAUUGAUGAUUUCUUGGCCGUCUCGGAGAAUCAUAUACUGGAGGAUGUGAAUAAAUGUGUGAUGGCAUUGCAAGUGGGUGACGCACAGGAUUUACGAAGCACUGCUGGGGCUAUUCAGGGAAGAUCGGCCAGAGUGUGUAAUGUUGUUGAAGCCGAAAUGGAUAACUAUGAGCCGUGCAUUUAUACCAAGAGAGUUCUAGAGGCUGUCAAGGUUCUCAGGGAACAAGUUAUGUCUAAAUUUGAUCAGAGAGUUGAUGUUGCUGUUGAAGCUCUCGCAACUAAUUCCAAUAAGGAUGUCGAUGAAAAUGAUUUUAUUGAUGCUUCUCGAUUGGUGUACGAUGGAGUGAGGGAGAUUCGUCGAGCAGUCCUAAUGAAUAGGAGCUCAGAAGAUUUAGAUACAGAUACUGAAUUUGAACCAGUCGAAGAUAUGACAUUGGAAACUCGUAGUCGAUCGAGCGCCCAUACUGGUGAUCAGACGGUUGAUGAGUAUCCAGACAUAAGUGGCAUUUGUACAGCAAGAGAAGCCAUGCGUAAGAUGACCGAAGAAGACAAGCAAAAGAUUGCCCAACAAGUUGAACUUUUCCGAAGAGAAAAACUCACAUUUGAUUCUGAAGUAGCCAAGUGGGACGACACUGGCAAUGAUAUAAUUUUCUUAGCCAAGCAUAUGUGCAUGAUUAUGAUGGAAAUGACAGAUUUUACACGUGGUCGUGGUCCAUUGAAAACAACAAUGGAUGUUAUCAAUGCCGCCAAGAAAAUCUCCGAAGCUGGAACCAAAUUAGAUAAACUAACAAGAGAAAUCGCCGAACAAUGCCCAGAGAGUAGCACCAAAAAAGAUUUACUAGCCUAUUUGCAACGUAUUGCCCUCUAUUGUCAUCAAAUUCAAAUCACAUCAAAGGUCAAGGCCGACGUACAGAAUAUUAGUGGCGAACUGAUUGUCUCUGGGUUGGACAGUGCCACGUCUCUUAUACAGGCGGCCAAAAAUCUCAUGAAUGCUGUUGUCCUAACGGUUAAAUACUCAUAUGUGGCUUCAACGAAAUACACUAGACAGGGAACUGUUCCGUGUCCCAUUGUCGUUUGGAAGAUGAAAGCCCCCGAAAAGAAACCACUUGUUCGACCAGAAAAACCAGAAGAAGUACGGGCUAAAGUUCGAAAGGGAUCACAAAAGAAGGUUCAGAAUCCAAUUCAUGCUCUCUCUGAAUUCCAAAGUCCGGCAGAUGCUGUCUAAAGGGAAAUGUUGUCUCUAAACAGCAGCGGCACAUAAUUUUAAUUUAAUCAAGAAAAAUGCAAUAUAAUGACAUUUUACUUUAAACAAAAUUACAAGAAUGAUGUAUUUAAAGAUGAAACAAAAAUAAAAAAUAAAAUUAAUAUAUUUAUAUUAAAAAUAUCAUUCUCAUUAUAAAAACAAAAUUGUUCAAGCGAAUAUAAAAUACGCACGUGGUAAAUAAAAAAAAAAACAGGAAAAAUGUACAAUUUCCAUUUCAGAAAAAUAAAACACAAAAUAAUAAUAAAAAAGACAUCUUCAUAAAAAUGUGUUAUUCUGAUAAAAUAGCACAGUCAUACAAAAUAAAAUUUAUCGAAUAUCUCACAUUUUGAUUUAGAUAAAAAUUGGAAACAAUAUUAAAAAAUAAACGAAUUGAUAGCAAUGAAAAGUAAAAAAUCUAAAACUAAAACAACUCUCAAAACAGUUUAAUAAAAAAUAACAAAAUAAAAGAAAAAUUAAAUCCUAAAUCAAUUCACAUAUUUGAGAUUUUCAAUUUAUUUCCAUUUUCAUUGUUUGGCUUUUACAUUUUAUUAAACAAAAUUUCUUUACGAUCAAAAAUAUAAACAAAACAAAU